CAUGCAUCCAUUGUGGAUGUUACAGUGAAGCAGAAUCCGGGAUGAAUUUUGCGUGGGUUUAGCGUCAUGUGAACGCUUUAUUUUUUUAUUUCACAAUUGCCACCGAAAACUAUGAAAGUUGUUCUUUCGCUAGAAUUGUUUACAGGUUUUCUUUCAACUAAAGCUCUAAGGUAAAAUGGAGAGGGACUACGCUGCUAAUGCAGAGAAGACCGAGCCGGCUUCGCCUUUGAGGGACAAAAUUAAUGAAGACAGCUGCGCAGAUAAUUCCCAUAUCCCCCGGGCUGGGACCUGUGGCACCGCUGAAGUCGCGAAAGCAAGGUGGACUCUAUUGAGACAGGUGCUGCGGCAGAAGCAGAUGGACAGUCCAGAGGUCAAACAGGUGUCUGUUCGCAGGUUUGCCACAUUUGACCUUUUCAGCAGGAAACGACUUUCAAAACUUGAUCCCAGUGAUACCUCAGAUGACCAGUGGGUGGAGUACAGAAGUAUCCACUUUCCAGAGUACAGUGCCUUUCUCAGAGAUAACCUGGGGCCUCUUAGAGUUAAUGAAGUGCUCAACAGUUUUGACAACACCGGUAAUGUCUGUGUGUGGCCGUCUGAAGAGGUGAUGGCUCAUUACUGUCUGAAGAAACGCCACAUGUUCAAGGGUGCAGUGUGUGAGUUAGGAGGAGGUAUGACUUGUCUUGCUGGGCUCAUGGUUGCCAUUUGUGCUGACGUGAAAGAAGUUCUGCUAUCAGAUGGGAACGAGAAGUCCAUUCAGAAUGUUCGAGAGCUGGUUGAGAGAAACAGACAAGCUGGAAAGUUUGGCUCAACACAUGUAUCUGCCAGGGUGGUGAGGUGGGACUGUGAGUCGGACAUUUCAGGACUGGAGGGUCACUUUGACGUCGUCACAUGUGCCGACUGUUUGUUUCUCGACCAGUACAGAGCCAGCCUGGUUGAUGCUAUAAGGAGAUUACUGCAGCCAAACGGCAUGGCUUUGGUGUUUGCUCCUCAGCGAGGUGAAACUUUGAGUCUGUUCUGUCAGCUGGCUCAGCAGGCCGGACUCUGCGUCUCUCAGCACCAGCAGUAUGAUACUCAGGUCAUGGAUGUUCAUUUUAAGAUGCUAAGGGAAGGAAAGGGAGCAUAUGAUGAGAACAUCCACUACCCUCUCCUCAUCAGUCUGACCAAAGGACCUCAACCUGUCAGCCUCACAUAGUGAACCACACCAAGUGAGCCCACUGCUCCACAGAGCAGCGCACCACAUGCUGUUUGAUAUUUAAGGUGGAAUGAGGCUAUGUGAACAAUUCCAUCGAUAACUAGGUUUAAUUUUCACUGGAAGCAUAUCAAGUUAUGGUCAUAGUUGAGACAUUUUCAUAUUUGUCAAACAUGGCCACAGAGAGUAUUUAUUUUCUGAAGUUGCAUGGAUUUGGACAGUAUUUGAGCAUUCAUAUAUUAUUGUUUGGAGGUUAAUAAGGUACAAUCUGAUUUCCAAAGCAGCGGCGAAAAAUUUUACUGCAGAUGAGGAGGAAGAAAUGGAGAAGCUCAAACAUUUCAACCUCAUUUUACAUGCCAAAUGACUAGAGUCAGUUUUCAGUAAAGUCACAAGGUCAGUUUACCCUUUAAUCAGUUGGCCAGUCUCGUAAUCAGUUGACUAAACACUUAAUCACUGCUUAAUCAGCCCUGCAGGAUAGUCAAGCACAUUGCCAAACAUCAUCUGGCUAGCUGGUCAGGUAAGCAGCUUGUUAGCUUAUCAAUAACUUCAGUCUAUUACCCACAAUCUCUCCAGCCAGCAAGCCAGUCAGCUGUGUAGAAAUUUAACUGACAUUUCCUGAGUCAUUCUUUCUGUAGGUGUCAGGUAUUCAGUCAUUAACCAGUCAGUAUUAACCUCUGCCUCUGUGUUUCUAGCCCCAGCAUGGAGGCUGCCUCUGAUUCAUUAACUGUCACACACUGUGGAGCGGCUCACUCUCUCUUUUGUGUUUCCUUUAUUUCUCUUUGUUCCCUUCAACCCCGCGUUAAUUUUUUUCCCUGUAUACGACUCAUUCAUCGCAGCCAGAGGUCAGUAUUAAGGACUUCUUUUGUGCUUUACUUACAACAGUGCAUUAACAUAUUGCAGCACGAUCAGACUGUGGAGUGAUUGUUGCUGCACAGGAGUUACAGCUCCCAGAGUUCACAGCAAUGUCUCCAAGUAGUUUGCACUGUAUCACAUUAUUUCAUUUUGCACACCUUUUGAGAUGUGCAAUAAAUGCUUGAUCAAUCUCUACAGUUUAGCUGGCAUAAUCUCAACCCCUGCCUCACGGUUUCAGAAUCAAAUGAGUUAAAGUCGACUUCAGCUCUACUGCAUCUGCUGGUAUGGCUCUGGAUAUGUUGCUUAAAGUGAGCCUUCUGAUGGGUAACAAUCAGAUCCUGGUGAUGAUGCAAAAGGCUGCAAAAAGCUCCAAGUCUGUACUACUGACUGUAUUAAUAUGGACACCACUCUGUCUCCUCCCAUAGUACAAAAGUGAAGUUAAAUACCAUGUUUACAUAAGAGCCACAUCCCUUCUGCUUCAGGCCGGCUCAGACUACUCAAAUUCAGCCAGAUUUUGGCCUGACUGCGCUGUUGCAGCUCAUAAUGAAAAUAUCAUGCCCAAAUAUGACCAUCUGGAAUUCCAUCAGAAGAUUGAUUCAUGGGAACAUUCAGUGACUGCAUUGUUAGUUUUUGUUGCAUUUUCUCUAAACUUUCUUCCUCUGCUUUGCUUGUCCAGUUGACAGCAAUGUAAGGAGCCAUAUUUGUCAUUAGAGAUGUCACUGAUAUCUUACAUCUGGUCUUGAUAGAAUGGAAUGACUAAUUAAAACAGAAAAAUCAAAAACUUUGACAUACUGUUAAUCAGCAUGAAUAUUGCUGAUGUCAAGCCAAACCCUCGUAUGUCCAUUUUUUAUGGUUUCAUGCUAUCGUUCACCCUUUACAUCUGUCAAUGGGUUUUUUCAAAUUUUAAACAAAUAAAAGUAGUCAAAAGGAUGCUGAUUAUAACCUUUCAGUGUUAAAUUAAUUGGAGAUGCAGCAGAUGAAAAGUGGUGAUUUUGGAGAUAUGAGGUUUUGGCCUGAUACCAGCAAUAUAUGAAACUAUCAUGACAAAAAAACAGAUUUCAAAACAUUUAUUUAAAAUAUUUUCCAAAUUUAGAUCCCAUGCCCCAUCUGUUAACAUGGAUAAAAGCUAGUUUUAUGACCUGCACUGCAGCAAGUCUGCAGAAGGAGCUCUAAAUAUUUUGCCUCACUCCCAGGCACCUGUUGUUCUGUCCAUCUUUAUAUACAGUCUGUGGUCUGAAUCAAACUUUAGAGUGUGGGUCCAUCUAAAGAGAGACAUGCACAUCAGUUGAUUCCUAUUAAUAAUUCACAUUUCUUGUGACCCUGAUACUGUGUAACAAAUUUUUAAUGCUGAAAAAUAAAAACAUUUUGCAUUUAUUCUUUAAUGUUCUUUACACAUAAUAGUCACAGUUUUGCAGACAAUCUGCUGCCUUUCUUGCCUUGACCACAGCCUGUUGUCCAAAAUUCAUGCUACUGUGUCCGUUAUGUCACAGCUGAUGCAUUUCUGAGGUGUAUUUAUCUAAAAUGAAUGCAUUGACACAAUGUUAAUUGACAGGAGAAAAAAACAUAUUUAAUGGUGCAUUAGCUUCAUAUUUAUUAAGGCUUUAUACAUUACCAACAAACUCUAUUUUCCUAUUUAUCAUCAUAAUACCUCUUUGAUUUAGUCUGUGAAGCAGAAGAAGUGUUGUGGUCUUCUUCCUCAUGAUCUUCAUUUCAGAUAGAGAAAUCACAGAGACAAAGAUGGCAUGCUGUGCUAAAGAAACUCAAAGGAGUGAAGUCAACCAAUAAGUAUCUGUUACAGUAAUUGUCAUAAAAUUAGCUCUCAGUGUGCAAGUCAGAAGCAGAAAAGUCUGCUAAAUUACUCAAUAAAAGCAAACUGCUAACACAGGAAUGCAAUGCAGGCAUACUGAGAAGACAUAUGAUUUAUAAGUCUUGUUUCUUUUUAGUCAGACUUCCCUCAUACCCUCAAGAGUGAACAUUUUCUCCCAUGCUUGACCAUUUUAUGGCAGUAUUCCUUUUCUGUCAGCCGCAAAAAACUGUGUUGCUCAGGUGUUUUCUUGUACAUUUACAUAAAGUUAUAAAGAACUGCCAAAUGUCUGUGGGUCAAUCUAGCCUAAGGUUGUACCUGUCACCAGUAAAGUGGUUUACAUUUCACUGUGAUCCAUAGUUGUAAGUCAGACAGGAAGCUACUGUUUACAGUCUUUGCUUUAAAAAUGUCACAUUCAGACAUAAAGAGGUGUUCACUGUGUGCUACUCAAAGAAAAGGUGAAUUAAGCCGGUUUUAUCAGCAGUCUCAAUGCUUUGACAGCAUAAACUAAGGUGCAAAAAAAUCCCAUUGCAGCUGGUAUAGAGCUGUAUUUAAUUUCAUUUUUACCCAUAAUGCAGUUUGCUGUUUACUGUGAUGUAUGUGAGUGAGCAAAAAAAUGCCAUCCCAACUGUGAUCUGCAACUUUAUCACUUUACUGUGUGGCAUCAUCACCAUUAAGAGUGAUAUCCCCCAGCAGUAUUUAUUGUGAAAUCUGAUCUGUAUCGCUGCUUCUGGUAACAUUUCACCAGCCUCUAAUCAUGGCAGAAUCUUCACUUUGUGCCCCAACAGUCAGCUGUGUUUUUAUGUCAUGAAAUAGUGACGCUGUCUCUUCUGGUUGUGAUUUAGUGCUGUGUGUUACAAUACACACCAGUUCUCACUGUGACAGAAACAGACAGUCAGACUAAUGACAGUCAGUGUGCUGAUGACAAUCCACAGAAGAUGAUCUGUGUCACAGCUGAGGUCUACCUGCAGCUAAUGUCAUAAUGUUAACGUGUUGUCUCUGCUAGACCUGAUUUUAAUAACCUAAUUCUGAGACCUGCUGUACAUUUUCAGGGUAUGAUUAUAUAUACUAUAUUACUCCCGAUCAGAUUCAAACUUGACUUUUUCUUUCUCUGUUUUUCCAACAUUUUUCUUUUUUGCGAUCUUCACCACCAAAACAUCUAGAAAAUACUAUAGCUCAAAAGAGUUGAUGCUACGUUAUGAAGAACUGGCGUCUUUAAAAUUAAUGGUUUACAAUUAUCGCAUGAUUUUGGUAUUGUCUAUUACAGUGGUUCUCAGCUGAUGGGUCAGGACCCAAAACCGGGCGGCAGAGUUGUUUUCAAAGCCAUGAAUUGAUUCCUUAAAAUAUGUGGCAAAAAUAUUAUGAUUUACGAGAACCCUCAGCUGACAUGCAUCAGCUUAUUUUAUUUUACUUUCUUUUGCUGUGAUAACAAUUACAUUUUAAUUGUUCUUUCAAGCUUUUGACUUAUUUUUCUCAUUAUUUUGGGACAAGAAAGCUGGUUUUCCAUGACAGGAUGUUACAAGGUGCAAUAUUUCUGGAAAGCAUCAGCCAAAUUAACAUGUUAUCAUGGGAAAAUGGUGUAAAACAAAAUGUACGUAUGCAUAUCCUCCUUUGGUUUUAGUAAUGACACACUUUAAAACAUGAUUUUUUUUCUCUUUGUUCAGUCAUAACUGCAACAUUUUUAUUAGGUAUAUUUGAUUGAAGAUAUUGGGUUGCAAUUUCUCCCUAAAGAGGUGUUGGGUCUAGCUGAGAGCCACUGCUCUAUUAAAAUUGUUUUGAAUGUUUUAGUUUAGUUUUUUGUCUUUGUUUUUGGCGCUGAUAGAUGAAACAUGAAACUGUAUUGAAAUACAAUACUGUGCAAAAGUCUUAGGCCAACACUAAUUUGUUUAAGCAAAGUCUUUGGCCAUUCUCAUUUAUCACUUAGCCUCUUCAUUAAACAUUAAGAUAUACGGCCAUCUAAAAUUAAUUCUCUAAAACCAAAGUAUUACUUGUAGUGCUGCCAAAAUAAUGCGCUAUUUUUUAAUCAUUAAUUGCAUAAAAAAGUAACACAAAUUGAUCACAUUGACGUCAUAUGUCACUGUUUUCAACAACCAUCAGCCAUAGCUUUGUAAACUUGAUGAAAAUAAAACAAACUUUGUGUGACCUUCAUUUAAUUUCUAUCAUUUUAUACAUCCUUAAGAUAGACACCAUCCAUCAUUCCUUCAUAGACAGACUCUCUAUCUCUCCACCUUGCCUUUGUCAGUGUGUGUCUUUUCAAAGUGCACACAAACAUACAGACAAGACUGUCACCUGCCUGCAAAGAUAUGCUACAGUACUAUGUCCAUAUAAGCUCAAUUCAACUACUGAUCUGCAGACUUCCUGUUAAAAAGUUUACACCUGUGUUGCUGCUUUAAAACAUUGUAAAAAGGCUGAUGCCACUCAUUUGCACCAUCUUUCAUUCCAAACUUUCACAACAUCACCAACAAGAAGCUUCCUGAGUGCUUUUGUAGGUAAUGAAAACAUGUUUAUUAGAAAUAACACUGUAACUUUUGACAUUAACAAAACACCAAUAAAGAGGCAGAUGGCCUAUUCGGCUGAAAGCAGAGAUAAACCUACAGCCAGUGUGUGUGUGUUGGAGGAUAACAAGGAUGAUAGGUAUCAAUAGAGUAACAGAUCAGAUACAGGAAAUUGUGGAUUAACUCUUGAUAAUGUGAAGAGCAGAGUCAAAUAUAUAUAGCACUGUAUCAUAUAAAAACAUAUACAGUGCUUAACAAAUUUAUUAGACCAGAAAUUUUGUCUCAGAGACCAUCCAGCAUCAUUAAGUGCUUUAAUGCGGAC